AUGCCACAUUUAUCCUUAUGGGACCCAAGAGAUGCGGUUUUAUCGUGGACUAAUGAAACAUGUCGCCGAGUAAAAGAUACUCCUAAAGCACGCGAACAAAGUUGGUUCAAAGUAGUGUUCGCAGAAGCAUCUCAAACUCAAGUGUAUUUUUCAUGGAAAGCGCGAAGAGAUGGAUUUUAUAAUUUAAAUAAAGGAAUAUUUGCAGAAAUAAAAGCUUGGCAAAUAUCUUCAUUAAAGUUAUCCACGUUCGUAUUAGAAAUGAAAUUACCUACUGCAGUAUCAGCCCAACUACCGAACCCGAGAGCUUUAAAAAGAAUAAUACAGCGAGUACGCCAAAUUAAACAAAUUGCUCCAGCCAACCCAAAUUCUUUACGUUUCGAAAUACCAGAUUCAUUUAAAAAAACAUUAUGUGGAGAGCAGUUUCUUUUUUUUGACAGUGCUGAUUCCGGAAAUUUUGAAGACCUAAUUUUAAUUUUUUCGACAUGGAAAAAUUUAGAACUUCUAACAUAUUCGAAACACUGGUUUGCUGACGGUAUAUUUUCAUCAUGUCCCAAUUUAUUUUACCAAUUAUAUACGAUACAUACAAUUCAGUUUUCUAAUGUCAUACCGUUGGUAUAUAUUUUGUUACCGGACAAAAAAGAAAACACUUAUACUACAAUGUUCCGUAAUUUAAAAUUAAUAAAACCAGAUUUAAAUCCAUCUUCAAUUUUGAUUGACUUCGAAAAAGCAGUGAUGAAUUCUAUUAAAACCGAAUUUCCUCAAACAAAAAUUCAAGGCUGUUUUUUCCAUUUAAGUCAAGCCUUAUGGAGGCAUAUUCAAGAAUAUGGUUUACAAACUCAAUAUUGUUACGACCCUGUAUUUGCUCUGGAGUUGAAGAAAUUGGCUGCUCUCGCUUUCGUUCCAAUAGAAAAGGUAAUAGAAUACUAA